AUGGGAACGGGGAAGAAAGAGGCAACCCGGCGAACCCGCCAGGGUAAGACCGGGGAUGGAUUGGGAAAUGUCAAGGUCAAAGGCGAAAACUUUUACCGAGAUGCCAAGAGGGUCAAGGCCUUGAACAUGUACAAGGAGGGCAAGGCCCAAAGGAAUGCGGACGGAGAGAUUACCAAGGCUGCCUCUUAUCAGUCGAGGGAAAUCCCCAAAGCCCGGAUCGAGCCGAACCGUAAAUGGUUCACCAACACCCGAGUCGUGUCGCAAGACACUCUUAAAUCCUUUCGCGAGGCCAUGGCUGAAAAAGCUAAAGACCCUUAUCAAGUACUCCUCAAGACAAACAAGCUGCCUAUGAGCCUGAUUCGGGACGGGCAGGACGCGAACGGUCUCAAACAGCACAAGGCUAAGAUGACCGUGGAAACCGCGCCUUUCUCAGAUGUGUUUGGGCCCAAAGCUCAACGCAAAAGAGUUAAGCUCGGUGUCAGCAACAUCUCUGACCUGGCUGAGGACACAGACAAGAGCAUGGACUCCUACCAUGAUCGCCUUGAGCAGGCUAAGCUGUUAUCUGGUACAUCGGGGGACGGUGACGACGAGGACGCGAAGAAAUUUACAAUGUCGAUCGAACCCGUCUUUGACAAAGGUCAGAGCAAACGUAUUUGGAAUGAGCUUUACAAAGUCAUGGACUCUUCGGACGUGAUCAUUCACGUCCUCGAUGCUAGAGACCCCGUGGGUACAAGAUGUCGAAGCGUUGAGAAGUACCUCAGGGAAGACGCUCCCCACAAGCAUUUGAUAUUUGUCUUGAACAAAUGCGAUCUCGUGCCCACUGGCGUUGCUGCUGCGUGGGUCCGUCACCUCUCUAAAGAGGUCCCGACUCUGGCAUUCCACUCGAGCAUCACCAAUUCAUUUGGUAAGGGUUCACUUAUUCAGCUUCUCCGACAGUUCUCUAGCCUCCAUUCCGACCGAAAGCAAAUUUCGGUUGGCUUGGUCGGAGGACCCAACACCGGCAAAUCUUCCAUCAUCAACACACUCUUGAGGAAGAAAGUCUGCACCGUGGCGCCUAUUCCUGGAGAGACUAAGGUCUGGCAGUAUGUGAGCCUCAUGAAGCGCAUCUACCUGAUCGACUGCCCUGGAGUAGUGCCCCCCUCUACACAAGACACGCCUACGGACCUGGUCCUACGUGGUGUCGCUCGAGUUGAGAAGGUGGAGAACCCUGAACAGUACAUUGAUGCGCUGCUGGCAAGGGUAAAAAGGCGCCACAUGGAGCGGACUUAUGAGCUAAGCGGUUGGAAAGAUGGCGUUGGGUUUCUGGAACUUCUGGCUAGGAAGUCUGGUCGCCUCCUCCGUGGAGGCGAGCCGGACUUGGGUGGUGUAGCCAAGAUGGUCCUAAAUGACUUCAUGCGAGGCAGGAUCCCCUGGUUCACACCGCCGCCGGUACCUGAAGGUGUCGAGGCUGAAGAAGAGACGAGUCGUAGUGGGAGGCUAGGUGAGAUGCCCAAGAAGCGCAAGCGCACAGGGGAGGAGAGCCAAGCAGACGAUGACGAGGCAGAGGCACAACUGCAGGAGGAGGCCGAACUUGCUUCUGCGUCCAAGAAACAAACCGACGCGGACGCCGAGAACGACAGUGAGGAGGAGUUCGAAGGUUUUGGGAGUGACACGGACGCCUCUGGCUUGGGAGCCCGCUCUCUCGGAACCACCGAGGUCACGGAAAACGAUGAAGUCAGCGAGGAGGAAACUUUUGAGGGAAGUGCGAGCGGAGCAUCACAGCCAGAGAUACCCAGAGCAAACAAGCGCACACGAUCACGGAAGUAA